CUAUAUGUGCCUAAACUUGUUCCCAAUUUGGUCUCGGUGGGUCAGCUUGCUGAUGAUGGUUGUCGGAUAAUUUUUGACGUCACUGGGUGUACUGUGCAGGACACGAGGACGGGGAAGGAACUCGGGAGAGGGAGUAAACGUGGUCGAACCUUCAUGCUUGAUCACUACUCUUGCUCGAAGGAAGCUUGUGAUCGUGUGCAUGGGAAGCAUGCGCUACAUGGGGAGAUAUUGGUGGGAGGCAGCCCACGUGUGGAGCUUGAGAAGAAUAGUCACAAUAAUAAUUGGAGUGGUUUUUCGAGUGGUUUUUUCCCAUGGUUGUCACUUAAACAGAAUUGGAUUUUCGGUAGCAUUGUCGGAUUGGGAUUUAUGGCAUUUUUAGAUUGGGGCAUCCUAAUUCUGUGAGAUUGCGUACUAUGUUUCGGAAUAAAUGGUUGUCGGGUAGUAUUUCAUCGGAUUCGGAUCAUGAGUGUGUUCAUUGUUUGCAAGCUAAAAUGUCACAGAUUUCCUUCUCGCCUAGUACGACAGUUUAUUCCGAAUCAUUUGAUCUCGUGCAUACUGAUCUCUGGGGUCUGUCUCCUUAACAUCACGCUUGGGUUAUCGAUAUUUUUCUUUGUUUGUGGAUCAGGCUACUUGGUAUGUAUGGGUCUACUUCCUUCGACAGAAGUCUGAAUUGCUGGUAGUAGCUCGAGAGUUCUUCCAGAUGAUUUCCACCCAAUUCGGUAAGGAAAUCAAAAUUCUUCGAUAUGAUCCUGGUGGUGAAUUUACCUCUAAUCCAUUGCAGGCUUUACUGAAGGAGCGGGGUAUUAUAGCUCAACAAUCUUGUCCAGGAGUGUCACAGCAGAAUGGGGUAGUUGAACGUAAGCAUCGUCACGUGUUGGAGCUUACUCGUGCCAUUUUAUUUCACUCACAGGUGCCUCCUGGGUUCUAGGUAGAAGCUAUUCAUACUAUUGUCUACUUGAUUAAUAGACAGAUUACGCCCAUUCUUCAACAACGUAGUCCGUAUCAGGCGCUCUUUGAUCGCAUACCCAACUAUGGCUGGUUGCGUGUCUUUGGUGUUGUGUGUUACGUUCUGCUUAGUCGCCGGGAACACAACAAACUCACCCCAAAGGCUGUUAAGUGUGUUUUUCUUGGGUAUAGUGAGAAACAUAAAGGGUAUGUCUGUUAUGACGUUGCUAAUCGUCGUGUUCGGAUUUUCUGUCAUGUUGUCUUUCUCGAACACAUGUUCUACUAUGGAUCAGCCAAUUCAGACUUGGCUUCCUCUCAGAAUCUCGAGUUCUUGCGUCCUCUCAUGGACCCUUUGAUGGACGUUUCUCCUGGUGAAGGUUUAUCUACUGAAGAGUCUACUAGUGAUGACUUGAGUGUUUCUUCUCCUAUGGAAAUUAGUUCGGCUGGGUCCUCAUCUAGUUCCUCUUCAUCACUGUCUACUGGCCCAAGCUUGUCUCACUCUAAUUAUAGCUCCACCUCGGCCUCGAGUUCCAGCUCCUCAUCCGCCUCAAGUAACCAAUUCUCCAACUCCACUGCCUCGCAAGAAGAUGAUGCUGCCCCACCACUUCGCCAAUCAAAUAGGGUAAACAUAGGAAAACCGCCUGCCCAUCAUUCAGAAUUUGUCGCCUUUUCUACUCCAUCCAUUGUGGUACCUGCGACGUACAAACAAGCCAAGGGCCACGCAGAGUGGGAUCAUGCGAUGCAGGUUGAGAGUGAUGCACUUGAUGCUGCCCAUACAUGGGACUUGGUUCCUCGUCGUCCUGAAUACGCUGUGGUUGGCAGUAAAUGGGUUUAUAAUAUUAAAAUGCAUCCAGAUGGUACCAUUGAGCGACACAAAGCUCGGGUUGUCGCUCAAGGAUUUCGUCAGGCGUACGGAAUUGAUUAUGCGGAGACCUUUGCUCCAGUGGCAAAAAUGCAGACAGUUCGCAGCUUGUUGGCGGUUGCAGCUAUGAAAGGGUGGCCGUUAAUUCAGCUGGAUGUGAAGAAUGCCUUUCUUCACGGUGACCUCAAGGAAGUAAUAUACAUGGAAAGACCACCUGGCUAUACUAAGGGCGAUAGUUCUAUGGUAUGUCGCCUUCGUCGCUCUCUAUAUGGUUUGAAGCAAGCUCCCAGAGCAUGGUUUGAAAAGUUCCAGGAUACGAUUUUACGAGCAGGUUUCGUUCAGAGUGAUAGUGACCCUUCUCUCUUUCUGCGUACAACUGGUCAAUGUCUUACGGUUCUUCUCAUCUAUGUGGAUGAUAUGGUGAUAAGUGGGGAUGAUGAGGAAGGGAUACGUGAGGUAACAGAUGUGCUACGUUCGACCUUCAAUCUGAAGGAGCUUGGCAAUCUGGCUUAUUUUCUGGGCUUAGAAGUUCAUCGCUCUUCCUUGGGUAUUCAUAUUGGUCAACGCAAAUAUGUGAUGGAUUUGCUUGAGGAGGCACAGAUGGAUACUUGUACUCCGUGUGCGACUCUUAUGGAACAGAACCUGAAGCUACGACAGACUGAGGGGGAGGCAUUAUCUGAUGGGUCGUUGUAUCGCAGUAUAGUGGGUAGUCUGAUUUACUUGACUCAUACACGUCCAGACAUAUCUUAUGUUGUGCAGGUGGUCAGUCAAUAUAUGUCGGCUCCUAGGACGACUCACUGGUCUGCAGUUCAGCGCAUUCUACGGUACCUCGAGGGUACAACAAAUGUUGGUCUACUGUUUCCUGCUGGGGGAGAACCUAUAGUUGAAGCUUAUGCUGACACAGACUAUGCAGGUUGUUGGGAUACUCGACGUUCAACAUCGGGGUGGUGUGUUAAAGUUGGUAACUCAUUUAUUUCCUGGAGGUGUAAGAAACAAGACAGGGUGUCCAAAUCUUCUACAGAGGCGGAGUACAGGUCGAUGAGUGAAGUGGCGUCUGAGAUUACUUGGCUGUGUCGGCUUUUAUCAGAACUUGGUGUAGUGGUACGUGUUCCUGUGCGGUUACAUGUUGACAAUACCAGUGCAAUACGUAUAGCUACCAAUCCAGUUCUGCUUGACAGGACAAAGCAUAUUGAGGUUCAUGUUCACUAUAUUAGACAGCUGGUGACAGAAGGCGUUGUAGAGCUUGCAUACAUUACUUCAGAGGAUCAGACAGCGGAUCUAUUGACCAAGGCAGUUUCAUCUAGUCGGCAUUGGUUUCUAGCACACAAAUUGAUGUUGCGAAAGCACCAUCAAUUUGAGGGAGGUGUUAGAAGUUAAGUGACUUAAUUGUAAUUAACCCAUAGGGUUAAGAAGUCGGCCAGUAUAUAUUGUUGAGAUGGCCAACCUGCUCAUGUAUUCUGUACGAGAAUAAUAUACAAAACUCUGCCUUGUGCCGUGGACUAGUCUCAACGUUCUACGUUGAGGAAACCACGUAAAUUCGUUAUUCGUAUUUCUCGAUUGUGUUUGUGUUUAUUGACAUCUCUACUUAAUCAUAAUUAUAGCUAACAAUAGAGUUCACAGCGAAUGAGAUAAUGAUCCCAGCACUACCCGGACUAUUGGUCGGGCUCUGCACUAGUCUACAAAUAUAUAAUGGUUGAGUUGGAAGCUAAGGCGCUCUUGGAGGUAUUAAAUUAGCACAAGAAUAUGGAUUGAUAUGUACAGUACAAUCUGACUGUCAAAUGUUGGUGAAGGCCCUGAACCAUAAUCAGUCUCGAUCGCCUUGGAGAUAUGCAGUCUGGAUUAGAACAAUGGUUAAUAUCCUUAGGAAUAACCCUGCAAUUUCGGUUAAAGAGGUUCCAAGGACGUUGAAUGUUAGAGCUGAUUGGGUGGCACGAUCAAAAGCUAGAUCUACUCUGCCAAAUGACUGGAUUAGUAUUCUUGAUCUAAUUUCUGAUCUCCUUUAAGUUUGUAAUCGCUUUUUAACGUGUUUCUUUCAAUGGUGGAAUAAAGUUGGUAUUAUUGUAAAAAAAAGAGUUGGGAGCAGUUUUUCAGUAUUUCAAAUUUCGUCUAACUAGAGUGAGAGUAGAAAUGAUAGAUUUGUAUUUAUAGUUAUUUGUCUUAUUUAUAAAAAAAAAAGUGCAUCAAUCCUGAGAUUUGAACGAUUGUCUAUUUGAACAAGGACAUAAGUCGUUGCCAAUUACACUAAAUGAAUUUUAUGUAUUUUUUAAACUAAAAACCUCUGUUUUCAGAACCGGACCGGAGGCUGAACUGAAAAAAUUAGUGGUUUAAGGGUUCAUUGGUUAACCGUUACAAAACCGUUGGUGAACCGUUGAUAGACCCGUUAAUGAUAUAUAACAUAUAAGACUUGUAUAUUACAAUAAUUUAAGAAUGAAAUUAUCAUUGACCAUAAACAAGUUCAAAUUCAUAUCAUCACGAAAAUAUCUAAUAAAUCAUUCCAACCAUCUCACAAAAGAAACCACAUUUUUUAAUUCAAAUUAAAAAUUACGGUUCUAGUUGGUAGUAGACAAUGUAAAAUCGACAAUAAGGUUGAGGAGGCAUAUAUAAAAUUAAUAAUUAUGAUUUGA